GAUGAUUACAGAAUCGAACGUACGAAACGAAACAAAACUUGCUGCGGCGGCGAUCGGAAAUUCGAAAUGGAAGACGGAGAAGCAGUGGAGGCUGCAGCGGCGGAGCUCGAGAGACUCCAAAUUGAAAUCCUCCAUAGAAUCUCCGUUAUCGAGAGCACUUUUCUCCCACAGAAUUCCUCGGCGGCUCCGUCGUCUUCUCUACCAGUUGAUGAAAACGAAACUGUGGCUCGCCUCUCCACCAUUCUCCGGUCCGGCGGCGUUAACGAUUUCUGCUUCAAGAGAGUUGCUCCCGAUUACUAUGACUGGCCUCUCGAAUCCCGCCGCAACGUUCUCGGCGCUUCCUCAGUCGACCAUCUCUGCAAGAGCAUUGUUCUGGUUAAUACUCAAGCUUCAUCAAAUAUUUUGGAUUGCAGUGAUCGCAACAACUCAAAAUACUAUGUGGUUGUGGUUCAGUAUACUGCUAGAUUCAAUGCUGAAGCAGUAAAGCAGUUUCUUUAUUCACUAAACGAGGGCAAGAUCCCAAAGAAGAGAUUUAAUCUGAGACUUGCUCCUGAGGAGACUUCGAUUAAAUUGACAGGGUUUGAGCACAAUGCCGUAACCUGUAUUGGUAUGAAGACAAACAUACCGGUGAUAUUGGAUGAGGCCAUAACCAAACUUAAACCAGACUUCUUCUGGUUGGGUGGUGGAGAAAUCGAUCUGAAGCUCGGUGUCAGAACAUCUGAAUUCCUUGAAUUUGUGAAACCAUUCAUCGUUCCUUGCAGCUGAAAUCAGGAAUAUUUAUAACACUAUUUUUUCUCUCCCUGUUAUCAAAUGUUAGGCUUAGCUUAAGAUUUUAGCUUUAGUGAGGGUUUGUACCUCUCACACACAUUGGUAUUCUUUGUAAUUGAUACCUUUGUUACGUGCUACUUGGAGCUAAAAUGGCGGUAAAGAGAUCUAUUAGAGUCUACAUAUCCUGGUUAUGCUAGAUUGGUAAUUGUUGUUGGUUUAGCUUCAACUCGGUUUAGUUGCUGUAUUUAAGAUCUCUUGUACCGUUCAUUCAAAAGCUUAAUGAAGGAUUUUCACAAUU